AUGGAGAAAUCAACAAUGUCAGUUAUACAAUUUGUGUUGCAUCUUCUUGUUCUUCAUCUUCAGUAUUCAGAGGUUCACUCGCUUGCCAAUACUUCUGCUCAUGAUUUUAGCUACUUGGAAUUUGUUUACGAUGCCAAUGACACAGAGUUGGAAGGAACAUACGACUACAUUAUUGUUGGUGGAGGAACAGCAGGGUGUCCAUUGGCAGCAACUUUGUCAGCAAACUACUCGGUGCUUGUUCUGGAAAGGGGCACUCUUCCUACAGAAUAUCCAAACCUGUUGACUUCAGAUGGGUUUAUAUAUAAUCUGCAGCAAGAAGAUGAUGGACAGACACCAGUCGAAAGGUUCGUGUCUGGAGAUGGUAUUGACAAUGUAAGAGGGAGGGUCCUCGGUGGCACGAGCAUGAUCAAUGCCGGGGUCUACGUAAGAGCUAACACCUCGUUCUUUAAUCAAACAGGGAUUGAAUGGGACAUGGAUCUGGUUAAUAAGACAUAUGACUGGGUUGAAGACACUAUUGUGUUCAAGCCCGAUUUCCAAUUUUGGCAAAAUCUUACAGGAACUGCAUUCUUGGAGAUUGGUAUUCUUCCAGACAAUGGAUUUAGUUUGGAUCACAUUGAAGGAACUAGACUCACCGGCUCAACUUUCGACAAUAACGGAACCAGACAUGCAUCUGAUGAACUGCUUAAUAAAGGAGACCCAAACAACCUGCGAGUUGCAGUUCAUGCCGCAGUAGAGAAGAUCAUCUUCUCUUCCAAUUCAUCAGGUGUGACAGCUAUAGGAGUUAUAUAUACUGAUUCGAACGGAACGACUCAUCAGGCAUUUGUACGUGUUGUUGCUUCCCAUCCAUAUGUCGGGCAGUAUAUAUAUGACAAUCCUCGUAAUUUCAUUAACAUUUUGCCCCCGAAUCCAAUAGAACCCUCAACUGUGACCGUUCUAGGCAUUACAAGCGACUUCUACCAAUGUUCUCUAUCAAGCUUGCCAUUUUCUAUUGCACCCUUUAGUUUUUUUCCUAAUCCAACUUAUCCCCUGCCAAAUACGACUUUCGCUCACAUUGUUAACAAAGUUCCGGGACCAUUAUCUCAUGGUACUGUCACGUUGCAAUCAACCUCUGAUGUGCGAGUCGCUCCAAAUGUCACAUUCAACUACUAUUCGAAUUCAACGGACCUUGCUCAUUGUGUUAGCGGCAUGAAGAAGAUUGGUGAAUUCUUGAGCUCAGACGCAUUAAAACCAUAUAAAGUGGAAGAUUUGCCGGGCAUAGAUGGUUUUGAUAUUUUGGGAAUACCUUUGCCAGAGAACCAGACAGAUGAUGCAGCCUUCGAAACAUUUUGCCAAGAGGCAGUAGCGUCAUAUUGGCAUUACCACGGUGGAUGCCUUGUCGGGGAGGUGCUUGAUGAUGAUUUCCGUGUUACAGGGAUCAACGCAUUACGUGUUGUUGAUGGCUCCACAUUCCCUUCCACACCAGCGAGCCAUCCACAGGGCUUCUAUCUGAUGUUAGGGAGGUACGUGGGCUCUAAAAUUCUGCAAGAAAGAUUAGCUUCAGAGGAGGCUCUUCAUAAGUCAACAUUCCAACCCAAAAUCUUGGAGUUGCUUGAGUCUGCAUUAUCCUUUGCUUUUGAUACUUAG